GAUCAUGGAGGCACUACUGCUGCUCACAGUGGGAUCAUUAGCCCUGGCUCCAGUUUCCUCUCGACAGUUCCACUUUGUCUAUGAGCUGAAGACCCAGGAGGAGGCGCGGAGCUACUGCAGACAGCACUACACCGACCUGGCCACUGUGGAGAACAUGGAGGACGUACUCACCCUAAGAAACACGGUCAAUCUGAGCAGACUGCUGACACCAGACGGAUUCUACAAUUCGGUCUGGAUCGGCCUGUACGAUGACUUCACCGCUUGGAGCUGGUCCCUGUCAGACCCGCCCUACAACAGCGAGAGCUACACAAACUGGUAUCCUGGGGAACCAAAUAACAACGGAGGAAACGAGUGCUGUGUCGGGAUGUCAUCGGAUGAAAUGUGGUGGGACUCCCAUUGUAGCAACGUAUUUCCGGCCAUGUGUGUGGAUCUGACAGACUGUUUCUGUUACGUCCCAGGAUCCUCAGAGACCUUUGUGCUCACUACUGACUCCUUCACCUGGGAGGAGGCUCAGCAGUACUGCAGGCUGCACCACACAGACCUGGCCAGUGUGAGAGACGCAACCCAGAACAGCCAAAUCACAGCCCUGCUCAUCAACCAUGCCUGGAUUGGCCUCAGGAGGUCGUCCUGGAAGUGGCUGGACGGAAACAACUCCACUUUCUCCUACUGGAGAACUGAAGUCCCAUGGCAGCCCGACAAUGAAGAAUUGCAUGAGCGCUGUGUGACGGCAAACUUUGAGGAUGGAGGAACAUGGGACGACUGUAACUGUGACAAGAUGAAGCCUUUUAUCUGUUAUGGCUCGGCUGUUAAGACAUAUAAAAUAAAGCUACAGCUGAAAACAACCUCUGCAAAUCCAAAUGAACCUGUGGUGACAGAACAGGUGCUGAAGCAGAUAAAAAAAUAUCUGGAGAAAACAGAAGCCAGUAAACUGCUCAAACUCAGCUGGAUUAAGGACACUGAUGGAAAUGUUUUUAUCAAAACAGACAAAACUAACUGAGAGGAAACUGUAGUGAACCACAGAUGCAUUAAUGUCGGUUAGUAUUGGUCAAGGAAACCGGUUAAUUGUUCUGACGAUCCAUCGAUGUAUAAAAGGACCAUGUACCAAAUAUUCUUAAUAUUAUUCAUCCUUGUUGUGAACUAAGAAUGUGAUCAGAAUAUAAAUAAAGCCUGACACAGAUUCUUUUGA